UCUUAAUGUGACGAAAUUGAAACUAAAUUUAAAGUAUAUAUCUCAACUUCAUAUCCCAUGAAAUCAAUAUUUUGUUUCAUCCACUUUUGGUUUUAGAUUCUCUAUCUUCAGAAAAAGAACAGACAGAUGGCCAAUGUGUCCUCAGCUUCUCAUCUGUCUGCAGAAUUAGUGUUUUUUUUCAGUGGCUCCCUCGACCACGCCGUCGGAAUAGUGAUCAACUGCUGGGCUCUGUGGCUGAUAGUCUCCGGGAAGCACAGUACCAUCGCAUCGGAACUUUUAACUCUGAACCUGCUGACCGUGGAAACCUUCAAUUCCUUCUGUUUUUUUCUUUCGCUGAUCAAAACACUUUUGAAAGUCAGUUCUCUUGUCACUUUCAUAAAUUUCCAUCGUGGAAUGUCUGUGGCAGGAAGAGCCAUGUUCCAGUGCCAUGUCUGUGUGGAUCGCUAUCUGGCUGUGGUUCAUCCCAUGGUGUUCAUCAGAUACAAACAACUAAGGUGUAGAGGAACCUGUCUUGCUGCUGUUUGGCUGGUCGUUGUGUGUUGUGGACUCACCAAUGCCCACCUGUCAGGGAAUAUCACCAUGUUGUCCUUUUGUUCAGGGGCUAUUCUGGCCCCCGCCCUCUUCAUUGAACUCUUCUGCAGUCUGUCCAUAGUCAGGAUCCUUCGGAGGCCCAAACCGGGAAGUAAAGCUCAGGAGAAGAAAGAGGGGGACCAGCAGAAGAAGAGAGCUGUCCGGAUUAUUGGCGUGGUGUUGGGGAUGCUGGUUUUCAAUGUGGUUCCAUUCAUUGUUUUCCCUUUGUUCACUAAAAUAAGUAUAGCUGUUUGGUCGCCCAUAGCAAUGACAUUUGCCACCUUCGGAAGUUCAACACAGGCUUUUCUGUUCCUCAGCAGGGCUGGAGUACUGGCAUGCAAGAGAUGAACUCCAAUAUAGGUGUGUGUGUGUGUGUGUGUGUGCGCACGUAUACAAACACAAUAUCAAAAGAAUGGGAGUUUUUAUUUGAAGCUCCAGGCACAAUAAGGAAAAAAUAAAAAUAAGUACUUGAAAAUAGACAUACUGUAUGAUUAACAUACAAACAAUAGAUUGAUAUAAUCUAUGGGAAUUGAAACUAAUUAUAAAAUAAUGAUUAAAAAAAAAUAUAUAAUGCAAAUAGUCAAAUGAAGUAAAACGUGGAAGUCACACAGUCUGUCCCACAUUUGUAUUGGGAUUGUUGAGAACCUCCAAUAAACCAUCAGCAGAGGAUCGCAAUGGCAACUAAUUAGAAAUGGUAAGCAUUACACAUCCCAUUGAUAACUACAUGUUUUCAUUGGUGUAAAAUGACCUGGGACCUUAAAUGGUUGUGUUUUGUUUGAUUAGAAUAAUGUUUACAGGGUAUUUUUUGGAAACUGACAUUAUCACGACCUAGUUCACAACUGGUGAAACCAGAGUGAAUUUCAGCCGAAUGAAUGUUCCUGAUGGUUUUUACUGCCACUACCACAUCAUACAUA